CUAUUUACAUUCUAAUAUCAAAAAGUUACAAAUAAAUAUUAUAAUUUUAGUAGAUAAUAGAAGAAUACUGCAGCAGAGUGAGGAUACCAUUUUAUGAGGAAUAUAAGAUUAAAACUUUUGUACACUUUGCCACGGUUAUAUUCAAUGGAUAUUUCAGGUUUACGAUUUAAGUAUAAGGGAAAGGAGGAAGCAUUUACCGAAGAUCAAAUUACAGUAAAGGAGCCAUUUGAUCAUUUUAAGAAAUGGUUUCAAGAAAUUUUAAAUGAUAAAGAUGUUAUUGAACCAAAUGCCGUUGCUUUAGCGACUGCAACAAAAGAUGGAAUACCGUCGUGUCGAUUUGUUUUACUAAAAGAAUUUAAUAAAGAUAUAGGAUUUAAAUUUUACACUAAUUUAAAUAGUCGCAAGGGUUCCGAAUUACUUGAAAAUCCUAAUGCUGCAAUGACGUUCUAUUGGGCCAAAUAUAAUCGAUCAGUUCGAAUCGAAGGUUCUGUAAAAGUUUUACCCGAUGAAGAUGCAACAAAAUAUUUCUUAUCACGCCCAUACAAAAGUCAAAUUGGAGCAUUGGCUAGUAACCAAAGUCAUCCCAUUCCAAGUCGAGAUCAUCUAACUGCUCGCGGUGACGAAUUACAGGAAGAAUUUCCCAAUAAAGACAAUAUUAAAAAACCAGCUGAAUGGGGUGGAUUUAGUCUUAUACCAAAAUGCAUAGAGUUUUGGCAAGGGCAAAGUGAUCGUAUGCAUGAUAGAAUUCGUUUUCGACGACCAAAAGAUGGUGAAGUUAUUGAUGGUAAACUUUUACAUCAAGGUGAAGAUGGUUGGGUUUAUGAACGUUUAGCACCUUAUACCAAUAGAAUACAAUUGAAAUUCAAGGGGAGAGAAGAGGCGUUCACUGAAGAUCAAAUUACAAUAAAAGAACCAUUUUAUCUUUUCAAGAAAUGGUUUGAGGAAGUCUUAAACGAUAAAGAUGUUAUUGAACCAAAUGCCGUUGCUUUGGCGACUGCAUCCAAAGAUGGCAUACCAUCGUGUCGAUAUGUUCUAUUAAAAGGAUUCGAUAAAGAUGUUGGAUUUAAAUUUUUCACUAAUUUAAAAAGUCGAAAGGGCUUAGAAUUACUGGAAAAUCCAAAUGCUGCAAUGGCUUUCUAUUGGGGGAAACAUAAUCGAUCCAUCCGAAUCGAAGGUACUGUGAAAGUAUUAUCAGAAGAAGAAUCAAGUGAAUAUUUUUCAUCACGUCCUUAUCAAAGUCAAAUUGGAGCAUUAGCUAGUAAUCAAAGUCGUCCAAUUCCCAGUAGAGAUGUUCUAACUACACGAGGCGAAGAAUUGAAAAAACAGUUUCCUAAUAAAGACAGUAUUAAGAAACCAGCUGAAUGGGGUGGAGUUAGUCUUGUACCAAAAUGUGUGGAAUUCUGGCAAGGACAAACUGAUCGAUUGCAUGACAGAAUACGUUUUCGACGUCCAAAAGCAGAUGAAGUUGUUGAUGGUAAACUAUUGCAUCAAGGUGAAGAUGGCUGGGUAUACGAACGUCUAUCAUCGUAAUUUUUACACAUAAAUAUUUUGUAGAGUUUCCAAUUAAUACAUGUAUUUUGACA